AUGAGUUACUCUAGAAUCGAAACCUGUUAUUUCUGCAGUCGCCCUGCUUACCCCAGCAAGGGUAUCACCUUUGUGCGCAACGAUGCCCGAGUCUUUCGAUUUUGCCGCAGCAAGUGCCACAAGAACUUCAAGAUGAAGCGUAACCCUCGCAAGCUGAAGUGGACAAAGGCCUUCCGCAAGGCCGCCGGCAAGGAGAUGACGGUCGACUCUACUCUGCAGUUCGCCGCCCGCCGCAACGUUCCCGUCCGCUACGACCGAGAGCUCAUGGGCAAGACCCUCAAGGCCAUGGAGCGUGUCUCUGAGAUCCGCCAACGUCGCGAGCGCGUCUUCUACAAGAAGCGCAUGGCUGGCAAGCGUGAGCGUGAGCUCGCCACCGCCCGUAAGCUUGUCGCUGAGAACGAGCAUCUCCUGCCCCGCAUGCGCGGCAGCGAGAAGAAGCGUCUGCGCGAGCUUGGUCUGGGAGAGGAGGAGAUUGAGGAGAUGGAGCCCGAGCGCCAGCAGUCCAAGGUUUUCGGUGGCGAGAAGAAGAGAGUCGCCAUUGCUCUCGAGGUUGACGACGACGAGGAUGAUGACGAGGAGGGCGAGAGCGGCAUGUUUGACAAUGAAGAUGAUGAGGAUGACGACGAGGACGACGAUGAGAUGGGCGAUGUCGACAUGGAAGACUGA